AUGUCUUCUCAACGCUCCAACACCGCGGCCGCAAGGUCUGGUCGUGGCACCAGCUGUUUCCUCUGCCACCAGCGCAAGGUGCGGUGCGACAGAAUGAAACCUUGCUCCAACUGCGUCAAGGCCAAAGUGGAGUGCCGUUCUGCCUCGCACCCAUCGUCACGUCGCCGCCAGAAGCCGGUCCCCAGGGAGAUGCUGCUCGCCCAGAUCAACGUGUAUGAGAAGAUGCUCGUCGCGAAUAACAUAAACUUCGAUCCUAUUGAUCCGCGGAGUAUUCUCGAGCAGAAGGGGGCUCAGCGUGAGAAGAGACAGCCGGGGGCAAUGUCGGUGGAUGGGGACAGCUCGGAUGACGAGGAGAGGACUCGAUACGGGUCAAUGAGCCCGCCAUUUCCUACACAUCGCGAGGUUGGUUCUCAACAAGGAGUCCAUCGAGUAACUGGUUCUUCGUCAGACUCACACGUUAUUCAGGAUACCCCGUACCGUGCUGCAGAGCGGAUCAUGCGGGAUGAUUCCAGUGAGGACCCGGACAACUCUACCUUGUAUGACGUGUUUGAUCAGAUCUACCAAGAUCCUGCCCUUCCGAAAUCUCACCUUGCAGAGCCUGACAUCUCUUCUCCGGUGUCUGAAUUGCACCCUUCUCCAGUACACAUCUUGCAACACUGGCAGAUAUAUCUGAAUUGUAUCGAUCCCUUGCUAAAGGUCACCCAUGUCCCCACAGUCCAAGGCCACAUUAUAAAGGCUGCAUCACAAAUCAAAGAGGUGCCCAAAAACAUUGAGGCUCUUAUGUUCUCGAUAUAUCUCCUCACCGUUGUGACAUCGACAGAGGAUACCGUCGAGAGAACAUUUGGUCGGUCAAAGGAGUAUCUCGUGCAAAGGUAUCACUCUGCAACUCACCGAGCGCUCAUCAACGCCGAUUUCAUGCGUACCGACAACCUCAUCUUAUUGCAAGCAUACGUUUUAUAUAUUCUGUCUAUUCGGUGGUUCGUCGACCCUCGUGAGGUCUCCUGCCUUGCAAGUAUCGCGGUCCGUCUCGCACAGAGAAUGGGAUGCCACAGCGACCCUGAACAAUUCAGCCACUCGCCUUUCGAGAUCGAACAGCGUCGACGCCUAUGGUGGACCAUCGUGGGACAUGACCGCCGGAUGGGGGAGACGACGGGCCUGAGCAUAACGUCGAUUUCCACCCCUGGAAAUGUCAAGCUACCUCUGAAUGUCAACGACUCCGACCUUCACGUCCACGGCACGGAGCCGGUCAAGGAGCACACCGGCCCGACCGAGAUGAUCUUUGCUCUGACCCGAUUAGAAUUCGCGACCGCGGUUCUGGAGCACGGCAGCAAUACCAAGACUCGCUCAGCGCAAAUAUCCGGAGGCACCAUCAAGCGUGCUGGCCAGGGCGGCCCCGCGUAUUCACUCGACGACUACUGUGUGUUCGUGGAGUCGAAAUAUCUCAAACACUGCGACCCCAAGAUUCCUCUUCACUGCUGCACAAUCAUCACCACCCGGCAGACGUUUUGCAGGAUGAGAAUCGGGAGCUGGCUCGCCCGGUACCAAGCCGAGGAUGCCGAGGCGCUGAGCGAUGCCAGCCGGGACAUGAUCUUCCUCGAGGCCAUACAGUUCAUCGAAUACGACAACAUCCUCCAGUCGUCGGAGCACCUGCAGCAGUACCGAUGGUACACCGGCUACAAUUUCCCUCUCCCGGGAUACAUGGUCAUCCUGACGGAGCUCCGCCGCCGCCUCGCACCCCCGAUGAUCGAUCGAGGAUGGACGGACGCGAUAGAGGACACAAUUGAGCGGGCGUGGACGGCCAUUGGGGAAAAUCAGAGGUUACGGGAGACGAUACACAGGAAGCCCAGCUUCAUCCAGGUGACGUUUGGGACGCAGUUUCUCAAGGCCUGGGAGGCGUACGAGGAGGUGGUGGCAAGGGGCGGCAAGCUGGUCAGCCCGCCGAGCUUUUUGUAUCAAGUUCGCGAGCAGGUGAGGGCAAAGACGUUGGCAGAGGUAGGAUGGCCGCACAUGGCAGGCCCCGAUAUGGAGCUCAUGUACGAGAAUGCCUUUUUUGGCGUGGUGUGA